AUGUCCGGAAUUCCUAAUCUCCCAGACACGUUCGAUGAUCUCCCCGACAAGCGCCGAUUCUGGCCUGGAGCAGCAGGAUCAGAGGAAGAGGGACUAGGCAUGCUCCGUCUCCUCACCCCAGAAUUGGUUGCGCAAGCUGCACGAACACAAAUUCAGACUGGCGAGCGCGUUUGUCUGAAUUGGAACAUGGAGAAUCUGAGCCCACCAGGGUUCGGUCGUAAGCCAUUCGAACAUCGGGUGAAAUGGGUUGCCGAGGGCGUUGCAUUCGACGACGAGUACCACUUCAACCCACAACAAUCCUCCCAAUGGGAUGGACUCCGACAUCACAACGCGCCAGCCCCAACACCAGAAAACAAAGAUAGACGACUCUUUUACGGCGGUACCACUGCGGAGGAAAUCCAAGAUGAGAACUCGUCGCGCAUUGGAAUCGGGUUCUGGGCGAAGAAAGGUAUCGCCGGGCGCGGAGUUUUAAUUGAUUACGUCUCAUACGCGGAGAAGAAGGGUAUUAGCGUGGACGCGCUCAGUCGACAAGAGAUCUCGCUGGAUGAGGUAUUGGAGAUCGCGCGCGAAUGUAAUAUUACAUUCCAGAAGGGCGAUAUCUUUUUCCUGCGCAUUGGCUUGCCCGGGACGUGGGAGCGGAUGUCUGCUGAGCAGCGCGUGACGUAUAGCCAACAGGCGAUGCCGCAACAUGCGGGUAUUGAGCAAAGUGAGCGUGUGUUGCGCUUUGUGUGGGAUAAUCACUUUGCGGCUGUUGCAUCCGAUGCAAUUAGCUUUGAGGUUUGGCCGGCUUUGAACCCUGAAUUUGAUUUACACCAUCAUCUUCUUGCAGGAUGGGGGAUUCCUAUUGGGGAGAUGUUUGAUUUGGAGGAGCUGGCUGCGACAUGUAAACGGCUCAAUCGUUGGAGUUUCUUUGUUUCGAGUAGUCCGUUGAAUUGCUCCCGGGGUGUGUCUAGUCCACCUAACUGUAUGGCGAUUUUCUAG